AUGGAUGGGCAUCAAAAGUCGUCUUCGCCAUUACAUUUGAGUAAUGCAAGCUGUGAAUUUUCUACUUCACAAGUCUCUUUAUCACACGGAACGAUCAGUAAAAAUCGAAACAUCAGGAAUAAGCUCAUCGAAAAGUCAUUGAGAGAAAGUGAUCCAAUGGAUAAAAAUGAAGCAACUUCUUCCCAAAGCGUGAACGAGUUGACGUCAACGCGUCAACAAGAAACAGAAUCUGAUGGAAUAAUUUCUUAUGGGCAGGGGCUUUUUAAUUCAACAAGAUUUUCCUUACCAGAAAACCCCAUCAAUCGACUCGAAAAAGCAAGUUCAAAAUCAAACGAGAUCAAGGUGACAUCUUUAGACCUAAGGAAGUGUGGGCAACAGUUGUCAGCUGCUGGACGCGAGGACCAAGCCAAUGACCCCAGCGAGCUUGUGUGUACGCACUCCAGCAAGGAGCUCAUCGAGACCGCCAGCAGGAAUAACCUUGUCCCUCGAACCUUCGUCCGCCGUCAACCGAGCAUCACGAUACCUAAGGGCACCGUCUGGCAGGGGACAUCGCUGUGGAAGCGUAGAGAGAUGAACGCUUCAGACCCGGUUUUAGAUGAGAAAGCUUCAGCGCCGGAUCUACAGAUUCGGGUGAAUUUGAAGAAGCCAGGCGAUGACAAUUCUAUGGUCAAAGCAUUGGCUCCUAUUUCUGUUUCAGACGCCGAAGAUGCGCCCACACGAAAUGCUUAUUACCAGGAAGAGUUGCGACAGUUUAAUAAUGAAGCCCUCGAUGAAACUUCAACUUCUCGCCAAAAUAAAAUGGCUGAUGCUAGGUACGAACCGAGAAAGCUAGAGCAAAAUCCUACCAAGACGCUGGUCAACGAGAAAAAAGUAUACUGGGAUAAUUUUCUUAGCAAAGAGAUACAUCCAGAAAAUUACGCAGAUAACGUUGAAAUAAGAGCACCUUGCGUUUUCGGCAAGCAUCAAUAUGAAGAAGUUGAUGACUCGCGCUGGUAUGAGGAGCCGAGUUUACCUAAAGUAAGAAGAAAUAUCAGUAUUUCAAUUAAAUCCGGGACUGUCAGGCACCUCAUCAAUGUUUACAGAAGUACCGGUAACGGAACUUCGUCGGAUAAUUUGAAAUCGUCCAACCGAGGCAUUCAAUUAAGAGAUAAGAAGAAACACGAGAAAAGUUCAGGCAAAAUCGGCAAGCCAGCAAAGCGCCAAUUAAGCGUAGCAAUAAAAUCCGGAAUCGUCCGCGAAACAUCAAAACAAUAUGAAAAGGGAUCGAAUGCUACGCGGAGGAACGCUGCUUUGCCUGUUGCCAAUCAUUCACCUGAACUUGCCGAGUCAUUGUAUUCCAUUAAAGAAGUUUACGCAGUUGUCGAUCCGAUGAUUGCAUAUCAUUGCACACAAAAUCGCCGUGUUAAUCUGAGCAACAGUGAUGAAAAUGACGGUAUAACAAGAGGUACGGUGUCAAAAAAUUGCAGGGAGUUUGAGUCUGCUUUCAACCUAGCAGAUGAAGCGAUGAAAUACAAUCCACGGAGCACUAAAACUAAUGCUUACUAUUCAGAUACAACAGAAGAUGAUCUCGCAUUUUUAUCUUUCAAAGACCGACUUGGAAAAUAUGAAGACCAGAAUCUCAAAAAAUCCUGGACAAAUGAGAACAGACUUCAUCAUCCAAAAACAAAAUCAAGUGUUUACGUGAUCCAUGACACAAUCGAUGGACAAGUGAUUUUGCAGAAUCCAUCCGAGUUUCAGACGAGUUCGGAUUCAUAUCUGGGACAAGCGUCUCAAAUCAACUCAUCCAGUGCCGACGGCCAAUGCAUCGGAAAACCUCACAACUUCGAAAGAUUCGACAGAGAGCAAAACUCCCUUACAGACAAAGGCAAGACGGCAAAAAAAUUUGAUCCAUUAGAGGAGGAUAAAAGAUUGGACCGGAAUUAUAACCGGUCCAUCAAAGAAAGUUUGCAGUCUGUAGCCGUUACUACUGUAGGUUCAACUUCUCUGCCUCCAUUUACUGGUUCAAAAUAUGACGAAGAAGAUAGGACUUCAAUGGAAACGGAAGAGGUUACUAAAAUAACAUCAUGUGCGUCAAGCGAGGCCGUCACUUGGGAUACCAUAGCAUGCAAAAGCAGCUCACGCGAGUGUACGACAAAUGCAGAAUCUAAGGAAGACUGCAGGAAAUACUCCAGCUCUUUCCAUCCUGCAUCAACCAUUGAAAAGAGUGCCUCGAGGAACGAUUCUAUACAAUUGAAUUUCAAAGAGACCUUUCAAACUGAAGAGCCAAUUUCGCUCACAAUUUUUAAUGAUUCUCGGUAUAAAUUGAACUUAACAGAAGAUACUAACACUUAUAUUAUGAAUGAAGAUAACUUUGGAAAUUGUAAAGCUGGAGACAACUGCCCAAAGACCGAGCAGAAUUCAGCAGAGAUAGCUCCGAUGUUGGAGAAAAUCGCUAUCUAUGAUAUUUAUUCAAAAGAUAGUGACAUGUUUAAUAGCAACACAAGUCCUCAAAACGAAUCAAAAUAUGAUCUAAAUUCGACCGAAAUCAUCCCAGAUGACCGUAGUGAUAUCCGCAACGAUUCCAUUGUGUUCGGCCUCAACGACUCUUCUAGUAUGCCAAACAAUUCUCCAUUGAAGAUAAACCACAUAGAUGGGCAAAUUAAAAAAAGUUCUUCGGAUAUCAAAGUCGAAUCUUUGGAGACCAAAGAUGGCUCUUUGAAAACCAUAAAUCGAAAAUGGAGGGUGAGAGAAGAUUCUUUAGAAGCUUCCGAUAAUACUUCAGAUGUAUUUACUUCAUCACUUGUCAAAGCUGACUAUGGAAAAACAAAUGAUUCUAUGGCGCCCAACGUCGCUACCGAUGUUCGAGAAGAGAAUUCCACGUCAAACGAACUCAGUGGCGGUGCAGAAAGUGCAGGCACUCUCGACACAGGUGCGCCUAAUGAGGAAAAUAUUAUAAAACUAAACGAGGAAGCUGAAGCAUUUCCCCUCGAAUGGGAUUCCUGCCAAGCUAACAAGGUGAGGGCUUACGGUGGAGGGCUCAUGCGUGGCGUUGUGGGAGAGGAGAACGUUUUCGAGCUGGACACUUCACAAGCUGAGUAUGGAGAGCUCGGUGUUCAUGUCGUCGGGCCACAUCAAGAUGCCGUCACCAGCACUGCCAUCUUCGCGACAGACGAAACUGCUGAUACAUUGCAGGUGCGCUACACGGUCUCUGUGGCAGGACUCUACACUAUCCACCUGACCUGGGACGAGCGCAACAUCUCUGGGUCGCCGUACCUCGCGACGGUGCGCGAGCGUGACUGGACUGCGCAGUCUUCCUAAUGAACGAACUUUGUUGUAAUUCAAUGAUCUCUGAGGUUGUGUAGUAUCCAUUAAUGACGCAAAAACAUGGGAAAUUUGCUGCUGCAAACAAGCUACGUAAUGGUGACAACUUUUUAGGCACAUAGGUGAAGACUUUAUUGAAACAACUGAACACAAUUCUUAAUUGUAUGAACUUCUUCGUUAUUAUUAAUUGCGACUGAAUAGUGAGAUUUUUAGAGAGAACGAAGUGUGGUUGGCAAUUAGCUGUAUUUAAAGUAGCUCACAAGUCUUUGCUCAUUGUUAACCUGGGAUUAGUUAGUUUGAGCCUUUGAGGCACAGACAGAGCCAUGAAUUCUCAUUGAAUGAUACUGUAAAAAUUUCAAACUAUAGUUCAUUAAUUUAAAAUUGAAUUCUGGACAUAGGAAGUUACCUAGCAUUAUUAGCGCAUUUUUUCUUAUGUAUCUGCGCUACUCAUGUUUGAGUAGAUAAAUAAAUC